UUAUUUUUGCCGGGUUUUUAGUUACUAGCUGUGCUUUUUUAUUUCAUUUCUGAUUCAGGGAGACGGCUAAUUAGUCUUAUUGCUAAAAAUGGCUUCAGUCGCUGCUGUAACCCGCAUUUUGCUCGGAAAAAACCUGCUUAACAGCGGGCGUGUAGCUGUUCUUCCCAAUACCGGUUUUGUGAAGUUCUACAGCGCAGCACCAACGUACGAGAACAUUAAAAUCGAAACAGUGGGUGCAAAGAAGAAUGUUGGCCUGAUCCAAUUGAACAGGCCCAAGGCCCUGAAUGCCCUGUGCAAGGCGCUAUUCAUCGAGGUUGGCAAAGCCGUCAAAGACUACGAUGCCGACGACAGCAUUGCGGCCAUCGUUAUUACUGGAAAUGAAAAGGCGUUCGCAGCUGGUGCGGACAUCAAAGAAAUGCAAAACAACUCAUACAGUUCUAACCAAAGAAACGGCUUCCUGCAGGAGUGGGAGGACGUCUCUAACUGCGGCAAGCCUAUCAUCGCAGCUGUUAAUGGCUUCGCUCUAGGUGGUGGUUGCGAGCUAGCCAUGCUGUGUGAUAUAAUCUACGCAGGCGAGAAGGCCAAGUUCGGUCAACCAGAGAUCAACAUCGGCACGAUCCCCGGCGCCGGCGGCACCCAGCGCCUGCCACGCUACGUCGGCAAGUCUAAAGCUAUGGAGAUCGUGCUCACUGGCAACUUUAUUGACGCACAAGAGGCGGAGAAAAUGGGUCUAGUGGCCCGCGUGUUCCCUGUAGAGAAACUUCUGGAAGAAACAAUCAAGCUAGCCGAGCGCAUCGGCACACACUCGCCACUCAUCGUCAAAAUGGCCAAGCAAGCCGUCAACCAGGCCUACGAGACCAACCUUAGGGCUGGUCUGCUAUAUGAGAAGUCCUUAUUCUACGGCACUUUUGCCACGAACGAUCGCAAAGAAGGCAUGACAGCAUUCAUUGAGAAGAGAGCGCCCAACUUCAAGAAUGAUUAAAAGUCUUAUACAAGAAUUUAAAACUUGUUGACAUUAAGUUAUGUAGUUUUGUAAGAGAAAGUGCAAUCAAUUCCUUUUUAACGUUUUCUAUACUUACUAUACUUUUUCACGCCAAAAUAUA